UGCCUGGUUGCACCCUCGAACGCUUUUCAUCGACGUCAUCUCUCACAUAUUGCACCGCCGUACCAUUCUAACAUCCCAUCGAAUGUUCAUACCACCCGGGCCGGGCCCUCUGAAACGACACAUUCUCUCUUGCGCCAUCGAGGGGGAGACAGGGGGAUGCGACUGAGAAUAUGACCAGAGAACACCAGCCGCCGCCCUCGUCGACUGAUGUCACCGCCUCUUCGACCAGCACGCCGCCCAACCCGCAGCACGCCUCGCCCAACGCACCACCACGCCCGUCGCUGCAGCGCCUGCCUCGCAGCGCCGCCGUGCCCAGGACGUCGCCCGCAGAGGACCCGCGCUCGCCUGGACCGCGCCCUGAGGACGACGAUGAAUCAGCCACGGAGACCGACACCGACAUGAGCGAGGACGAGACCGAGACUGGCAACAAUGACGCUGGGCCUCGCACACGCGCGGAUAUUGUGCCGCUGGGCAAAGCGUCGCCAGAUGAGUUAGAGAUUGAGCGUCUGCGCAACCUGCAGCUGAAGAUCCUGCAGCAGCAGCAGCGCCAGCGCAUGAGGAACAUCUCAGGCAACACGGGCAAUGCUGGCCUGGGUGCUCGGAGAGUAUCACCAAUCAAAGAGGAGCCCAUGUCCGCCAUGUCACCCACCCUCGAAGGAGCCUUCGCCAACACACCGAGCCCAUUGCCAACAGGAGCAACUACGUCAACGGAGUCGACAGAAUCGGCGAAGACCAUCCGCGGAAGUGUGCCACCCACACCUGCUGGCCACCAGGCAUUGAGGACCCCAUCGUACCCGUUCCCUACGGUCCCCAACACACCACGAUGGGCCUCGUCGUUCCACAUGCCCUUCACCAGUCUGUCACCCACAGUGUCAGCCAUCCAUUCCAGGGAAUGGACCGUGCCCAAGGACCGUGUCGCCUCAGAGUCGAGCACACCUGCUGCGUCGACUACACCGUUUGCGCCGGGCGAGAGGGCCCACUUCUUCUCUGAAGCUGAAGAUCCUCGCUACCCCAGCCCCAACCUUUACGAUUUGGUGCUACAGCUCGGCACUGAGCCUGGCCUUGCAGCAUGGUGGACUGCCGUGACCACGAUUAUGAGAGAGCACUAUGGUGCGGAAAGAGCAACACUAGCCGUGCCUGCAGAUGCAUCUGAUAUCGAGAACGUGCCUUGGGGCCAGAAGACCACCUACACUGUCACCUUCAGCGAUGACAGCCCGCGUGCUGCGACAUACCAGGAAGCAUCAAAUUCCAAGAACCACGCUAUCAGAGUGCAGCAGCCCACCCCACAGUCAGAAGAAAGGCCACCAACUGUAAUACCAGAAAGGAGGCCAAAGCUGUUCUCGCACCACUCCUUCGCCGGUCACGAGCGGCAAAAGGCUGAAGCAGCCUUCCCCGAUUCUCCCACGCCUGUGAUACCUGUUCGACCCAGAGGACCAUUACGAGCUGUGAGUCAUGCCCCGCAAGCGCCUGCAAGGGAACAUCCUCUUAGGCAGGUCUCGCAGGCUUCCUUCGAUGGAUCGUCGUCACCGUUUCCAGGCAUCAUUAACACCUCCACUUGUGAUCCGUCGUUUAGUGAUCCGGAUUUCUCAAGUGUCGGUGAAGAGCCACCAAUGCCCACCGCUGUCUUCAGCGUACUACGCGCUCUCGAUCACGAACCGGACGCUCUGAUAGACAACACCGGUGUCAGUCGCGUCUUGGAACGAGGACGCUUGGUUACUUUGACACGAGACUACUCGACAUCUAUGUCGACUUCUCGUGAAGACCUGCUUGAGAAGGAGAAGGAGAAGUCAGAAGAAAACAAGCCAUCAGCUGAGAAAGCUGGCACCAUAGGACCAGAAGCACUCAAAGCCGGACGUGGCCAUGUGGGACUUACCGCAAAACCAGGAAGUCUUGGUGUUGGCAAUCUGGGAUUACGACCUCGUUACGAAGAAUACGAACAAUACCCAGCGUCGCCGUGGGCACAGUCACCCGCUCCGUCGCCGGCGAUACAAAACGAUGCAGAAGCAAACCCUUUCUUUGCUACCAGCAAUGUCGAUGAGGACACAUUCAACCCUUCCAAGUCUCCUCAAGACUACACCCAGUAUGGUGUCGUCGAAGCAAUCGGUGUAGACAGAGCGAGCACUGUCACCCACAUUCCACUUAUUCACCCUACUCUGUCUCAAGUCAUGCAUACUGCUGAUACAGGUACACCAGCUCAGACACCAGACUUGUUCCACAGACAGUCUGAGCAAUCAUCACAAACUUCGACACAGCAAAAAGAAGGCUUCGUUCGCCGAGCUCCCAUCGCCAUCCUCUCCAUCCUAUCACCUAUUGUCCCUUACCCUCGUAACCUUACCAACUCGCUCAAACACCUUGCACCCCAUCUAGCGACAUCGUUCUCGAACGCCUGGCAAUUUACCAAUGCCCAAGUCCAGGUCAACUCGGCGAGACAGCGGCGAACAAUUGGACAAGGUCCCGGUAGCACCAACAUCUCAGACCCCGAGAGUCUCGACGACCUUCUGCAUCUGGAUCUAGGAGACCUUUCGAACUCCACAGCUGGAAGUAUUACUAGCCCUUCCGACUAUUCUGGCCGUUCUAAGCACAGUCCUGGGGGCUCCAUCACCGGCACACCUGGAUGGGAUGCCGCCUCUUUGGGUUUCUCAAGCAAGCAUUCUAUCAACAGCACACCUGGCCAUCUUGCGGGGAGUGAGGCGGUCGAGAGCUACUUCGAUGCAAAGAAGAAGACGACGAGGGCACCGAGCCAAUCGAAGACAGCUGAGAAGAAAAACGAGAAAAGAGCUAGUGUCAAUCCGGUCGUGGAGUACUACGAAGACGAUGCCCUCACGCCAAAGAACGAGCAGGUAAUCACCAAAGACGAGGGCUCGAAUGCAGGAAAGAAAGCGCAACACCAACGUGGUCACUCGCUCCUGCAUUCGUACGGUGCUGACUUCGGAUCAUCGUUCCAAUCAUUGCCGGUAGCAACCACUCCAGGAGGUCACGCACCUGCUUCUCCUGGACAUGGAAGGAGAAACUCGAUCACCGAGACUUUCGACAUGCCGCCGCCGUCUGAAAGUCUGCUGCGCACAAUCAUCGAUUCGCUGCCCGUGCAGAUCUUCACAGCAGCACCUACUACCGGUGCAAUUACAUGGGUAAACUCAAAGUUCCUCAUCUAUGGAGGUCAAGACACUCGACAAGUCCUACAGGGUCCAUGGGAAUCGAUUCAUCCGGACGAUCGCGAGUCGUAUCUCGAACAGUGGAACAUGUCGUUGCGUACAGGCCAACAGCUUCAGAAGAAGGUUCGCCUGAAGCGAUUCGAUAACUGCUACAGGUGGUUCUACGCUCGAGUGGCGCCUUUGAAGAAUAAGCGACAACAGAUCGUCCAUUGGAUCGGGACCAACAUGGAUAUCCACGAGCAGCACCUCGCCGAAUUGAACUCUGCUCGACAGCAAGAGACGGCUGCAUCUGAGGCGAAGUACCGAGCGUUGGCAAACUCCAGUCCCCAGAUCGUUUUCGUGGUGUCCAACCGCAGAGGGCUAACAUUCUGCAACUCGCAGUGGACUACUUUCUCUGGUCAAGCAGAGAAGGAGGCGCUUGUUAACGGCUUCCUCGAGUAUGUGCACCCUGACGAUGUGAUCAAGUGCAAGCUACCAGACAUUGGGGAAGACGGAUCUACAAACGUACCGACCUCGGUCCCACCAGAACACAGCCGCCACAACUCGCAGCACUCAUCUUCAUCUGACGACUCUUCGGAGACUGACAAGACGGUCACGAGUCCCGGCUCGACGCCCGACAAGAUGGACAUGCCUCAAGCAAAGCUGUCCAAACUAGCAAGCACGGGUAUCUUGAAGGUUGCCAAGGAUGCUGAUGGUCGUGCUUCUUACUCUACGGAAGUACGGCUUCGCAAUAAGGACGGCGAAUACCGCUGGCACCUGGUCAGGAUCCUGCUCGAAAAGGCGCUUGCUCAAGACAGUGCUGAAGAGAGCUGGUACGGCACUGCUACCGACAUCAACGACCACAAGUUACUCGAGCAAACCUUAAAGGAGACUAUGGAUGCCAAGACAAGAUUUUUAAGCAACAUGUCCCACGAGAUCCGUACGCCGCUCAACGGUAUCUCAGGUAUGGUCAACUUCCUCCAAGACAGCUCGCUAAACGCAGAACAGCUGGAGCAUGUCAACAUCAUCAACGCCAGUACUGCCAGCUUGCUUAAUCUGAUUAACGACAUCCUCGAUCUCUCGAAGGUUGAGGCUGGUAUGAUCAAGUUGUCCAUGGAAUGGCUGCAUCUGCCGUCGCUCUUGGAAGAGGUCAAUGACCUUAACAUGGGACUGGCUAUUCAGAAGGGACUCGAGCUCAACUACCUGAUGGAGGAAGGCGUACCUUCUAUGGUAAAGGGCGACAAAUUCCGUAUUCGACAAGUCCUACUCAACGUUGUGGGUAACGCGAUAAAGUUCACGCCAAAGGGUGAGAUCUUUGUACGCUGCAAGCUGCAACCAGCAGAACGUUCCGGGCCGUUGAACGAGAACGAGACCAUGGUACGAUUCGAGGUGGUCGACACUGGACGUGGAUUCACCGAGAGUGAAGCGAAGUACCUGUUCAAACGAUUCAGCCAGAUCGAUGCGAGCAGCACAAGGCAGCACGGUGGUACGGGUCUUGGAUUAGCCAUCUCCAUGCAGUUCGUUGAAUUGCACGGAGGAAAGAUGGAUGCUCGCAGUGUGCCAGGCAAGGGCUCUACAUUCUUCUUCACGAUCAAGUUUGGCCUCCCUACACCAAACGACUUCCCGAAACCGUUGGUGGCAACGCCUCUCACACCGGCCACGGAGUUGGCGACUAUUGUUCCGCCGCUGCCCGCAGUGCAACCGUCGCCCCUACAAAAGCCGGUGUUCCCACAGAUCAGUGGCUCCGCACAGAACGCGCAGCUCAAGCGUAUGUCCAGCAUCUCGUCGGAACAGAGCGCCAAGUCUCCACCUGUUAGCUCAGCGGCAUCGAUCAGGUCGCAAGAGUCACCUUCGCUCUCCUCCGGUAGCUCGGAUCACUCUCUGACAAGUGCAGCGCUUACUGGCAAGUCGAGCCUGCGGUCUGAGAGGUCGUCUGCUUCGUCUUUCCUUGCGGACAGCCGUCUUACAAGCCCGGAUCCAGAGAUCAAUCUUUCGCUGCCUCCAAAACGAGCUGACAGCGAGGGCACAAAAUCUACUGACUCACUAGCAUCAGACAGUACCGCUCGCCCGUCAACUGCACCACCAGCUGCUGUUAAAUCGCCUUUAGCUCAGCCACCGAUGUACUCUAUCCUGGUCGUUUGUCCUUUAGUGCAUAGUAGGGAAGCUACAAUCAGGCACAUUAAGAAUACUCUUCCGCAAGGCAUCCCGCAUCAGAUCACCGGCGAAGAAAGCCUGAUCAGCGCCCAAAGGAUGCUUGGUGGUGACAAUCCAGUCAUCUUCACUCAUGUCGUAUUGGUUCUUCACGACACUGCAGAGGUGCAUGCCAUCAUGGAUCAGAUCUUCAGUUCUGUCCACUACGGCAAUACAUCUGUCGUGGUAGUAUCUGACCCGUCGCAAAAGAAGGAACUCAUGAAAGAGGCAUCGGUUUACGACUACGAACAACUUGCGGCAGAUCGACGACUCCAGUUCAUUUACCGACCAUUGAAGCCUUCCAAGUUCGCUGUCAUCUUUGAUCCGGAAAAGCAACGCGAGUCUAGUACAGACCGCAAUCAAGAUACAGCACAGCAAGUGGUCGUCAGCCAAAAGCUUGUCUUUGAGGAGCUCAAGAGACGACUUGGCGGUAAGGGCCACAAGGUGUUGCUCGUUGAGGACAACCAAAUCAAUCAGACUGUGAUUCUCAAGUUCCUUGCCAAGAUUGAUGUGACGACCGACACAGUUCUUGACGGCGUUCAAUGCACAGAGACAGUUUUCUCAAAGCCGCCGGGGUACUACUCCAUUAUCUUGGUAAGUCAUAACACUAGUCACGUGGUCGACUCGUACUGACAAUCAUGCAGUGCGACCUCCAUAUGCCAAACAAAGACGGCUACCAGGCCUGCAAAGAGAUCAGACGCUGGGAGAAGAAGCACGGUUACCGCCGCCACCCGAUCAUCGCUCUCUCCGCCAACGUCCUUGGCGACGUCUACGCCAAGUGCGUGGAGGCUGGCUUCAACUCUUACGUCACGAAACCCGUUGCCUUCAAAGAACUUUCUCUCGUCAUGACGAAAUUUGUGGAUCCUCCAGACCCGUCGAAACCCCCGGAACUGAUGAAAUUAAGAAAAUCUUGAACACAGAAACGGCCGCUUUCUUCUACACUACAAAUACCUUGCGCGCGAAUUAGGCGGGCGUUGAUAGGGACUUUUCACACGCAGCACUCGGAACACGUGUACCGACCG